AUGGCCAUCCAUUAUCCUGAGGCACUGCAGCUGAUUCAAGCGGAGGCUCAGCGACAUCGCGACGCCUUUGUCGCUGAUGGGGAUCAUGUUCCUAUAAGCCAGGCAAGGAAUCGCAUUGCUCGCGAGACCGUAACUAGUCAGAUAUCGACCCCAAAGUUCGAUACCUCGGCUAUGGAUGGGUAUGCACUGAGCUCCUCUGCGACGCAGGAUGCGACCAUCGACCAGCCGGUGAUAUUUGAAGUCAAAGGCUCGAUCGCUGCCGGAGAUGAACCUUUGCUGAUUGCCGCGGAUGAACAAUCGGGGCGCCUGUCUGCCGUGACCGGCGAUGAAUUGGACUGCUGCGUGCGAAACGAGGAUGUUGCAGUCACCGUGGACGAAACGUCCAACCGCCGAUAUAUUCGAGUCUUCAAGCCGGCAAAAGCGCGGCAGAAUCGAAGGCUUGCAGGAAGCGACUUUAAGAAAAGUGACAUCCUCGUCGACGCGGGAGAAGUGGUCCAUCCGGGCCACAUCUUGUCAUUGGCAUCAGUUGGAAUCACCGAAAUCGCAGUCAUACGCAAGCCUCGGGUAGCUGUCAUGUCUACUGGCUCGGAGUUAUUGCCUCCUGGGCUUGAUCAAUCGCCCUUGCAUCGGAUCAGCGAUGCGAAUGGACCUUAUCUAAGUGCCACCCUGGAGAGUUGGGGUGCUUCAGUGGACUUUUUGGGAAUCGUCCAUGAUCAUGCCGAGUCCCUGGAACACGCGCUGAGUUCGAUUCUGAGGAAGAAGGAAUACGACGUAAUCAUAACCUCUGGAGCUGUUUCCGCCGGCCGAUGCGACUUGAUUCCUGAGGUAAUUCGUCGAUUGAAUGCCCGAGUCGUGUUUCACAAGGUUGCCAUGAGGCCAGGCCAUCCUGUACUUUUCGCCCGGAUUCCCGACUCCUCGAGCACUGAUGGACAUUUUGGGAGAGCAACGGCGUUCUUUGGAUUGCCCGGAAACCCAGUAGCCAGCGCUGCCUGUCUGCGCUUCUUGGUCCUUCCAUACUUGAAAUACCUACAGCUGCAGCCACCAGACGAUCCGUCGCAUGCAUAUCUCCUCCCUCCCGACGACGUGGAAUCCUCGACCACCAAAGAGCCUCCAGUAGUAUCUACAUUCCGCGGGGACAUGGACGUCUUCCGACCGGCAUUGGUCCGCGGCUCGUCAGGUCAUGUACAGGUAAAGCUCAUACAGGAUCACAGUCCAGGAAAAAUCAAGCCGUUUCUGCAUUCAAAUUGUUGGAUCCAUAUCCACCAAGGCGUUUGCGAGUUGAAUGCAGGUGACAUUGUCGACAUUUACCCAAGCCACUGA